AUGCCCUUAGCUCAGGGCCUCUUGAGAGAGCGUGGCACAUGCAAGGUCCAAAGCCUCAUUGAGAAGUCGCUUGGCAAUGCAGAAGACCUUGAGCCUUGCAUGAACGUAGAUUGCUUGCCACUGCGGACUGUUGGAUGCAGGCAUGGCGUCCUGGGGAAGUUGGUCGUGCCCUCGGAGGGCCCGGAGACCAAGCGACGCAAAACGAGUGCUGGUGAAGGCGGACAGCAGGAUCAUUCAGCUUGUUGUCUGUUGUCAGCCCCCCCUCUUUGUGCAGUUGAGCCCCUUGCGUGGUUGCUCUCAGAUGGGCGGAAAGACUCUAUUUCCAUCCUUGGCUGCGGAGCAAUGGGAUCUGUGCAUCUCUUCAGCAGCACUCAGCGCUACCGUGUAUGCGGCCUUCUUCGCGAGAGCUGGCCACCAGGCAAGCUGUUCGAGGUUUGGGCUGUGGAUGUCUGGCCGGAGCACGUCUCAGUGAUGCGCGAGAAGGGCCUUCGCCUCCAAGGGCCCACGGGCGACUUCACCGUGCCCAUCCACGCGACUCUGACUCCUGAAGAAGUUCCACUAAGUGAUCUUGUCAUCAUAGCAACGAAGAUGCGAGAUCUGGAGCCGGCCACAAAGCUGGCCAAGAAUCUGGUCAAGAAAGAUGGCGUCAUCCUGGCCAUUCAGAAUGGCCUUGGGGCCUCAGAGCGCCUGCUGCGGCAUGUGGGCAGCGAACAGGCUAUGCUGGGAAUUGCCAGCAACUUCGGUGCUUGCAUGAGAGGACCAGGCCAUGCAGAGCACAAGAGCAUGAACCGCAUAAUUUUGGGCGAGAUGGGAGCGCCCAAAAUUCAGCGUUUGCACAAGGUGGUUUCCAUGUGGUCUUCCGCAGGCUUCAAGGCUGAGGCAGCCUGCAACAUCGAGCAGAAGAUUUGGGAGAAGUUGAUCUGCAAUGUCUUUGUUGGAGGCACGUGUGUCGUAACCGAUUUCACGGUCGGACAGAUGGUGGACAAUCACUUCUCCAAGCAGGUGGCCCUGGCCUGCGCGCGGGAGGCCUUUGAGGUGGGAAAGGCCAAGGGGAUCAACUUCGGGUUCGACGACAUGGAAAAGUUCUUGGACACCUUCGCGUCGACGGUACGUGACACCUAUCCCUCCAUGGCCCAGGAUCAUCGGAAGAGGCAGGCCUCAGAAGUUGACGUGAUCAAUGGCGCUAUUCCGCUGGAAGCUGCAAAGCUUGGUAUGUCGGCGCCAGUGAACCAAACAGUAGCCAACAUUAUUCGCGCGAGGGAGCUUGCUUUCAGCCAGCCCUGA